AUGACCCCCAUCGAAAGAAUGCAAGCAGCAGCUAAAGAACUUGACCGGGUCAAAAAUACGAUUGCGGACUUUCAACAAAAACACGGCAAUGCUACCAAUGUUCCAACAUGGUUCCUGAAGAUAACCCCUGACGUAAUGCAGGUUCUUGAAGACUCGUUCUCCUGGAUCCCUGCGCAGUCCAAUUCCAGUGAUGUGAUUGUGCCUGCUGCGGUUCCAAGCAAAACUACUGAACAAGUUCAGGAAAUUCAGGACUCUCUAUUCUUCUUCGAACUAUCACAGAGAUCAACCCCGGAGGUGGGAAAAUCUCUUCGUGAAAUUGCUGUCACGCUAGGAAAACAAGAACGUGAAAUGAUUCGUGCUGCUCCCAGCAUCCCGGCAUGGUUCCAUCGGUUGAACUCUGAACAACUAGCAAUUGCACAAAAACUUGCCAGCUCUCUGGAAAAAAAGGGCGAGCUCGCCAAACCCCACCUUUAA